GGGAGACGUGCGUCAGCCUGUAAAUAACCGCGUCUCAUUGGCUAGAAUGUGUUAUAGAAACAAGCCCAACACCCUAGAAACCGCGUCACUGCCGUGAAGCAGGGUGAAGUGUUGGAAACUUGUUUUGCAGGCUGAGGGCGGGCGAUGCGGGCUGCUAUCCGAUUGGCUGCAGUGGCGUUGCCCAUGGGCCUGCUGCUGUCUCGCACGAUGUCCUGGAUGUCGAGCGGUCGAACCCACGCCGAGCUCAUCGGGAACCUGCGCGAGCAUGGUGUGAUCCGGUCUCAGCGUGUGUAUGAAGUCAUGCUGGCCACUGACCGGGGACAUUACAUCACUGAUCUCCCCUACAUGGACUCCCCGCAGCCUAUCGGGUUCAAGGCUACGAUCAGCGCCCCGCACAUGCAUGCUCACGCUCUAGAGGUGCUCAGUGACAAUCUGGGGGAGGGAGCCACUGCGCUGGACGUGGGAUCAGGGAGCGGCUACCUCACUGCCUGCCUGGCCCGGAUGGUGGGCUCCUCCGGUCGUGUGGUGGGUAUCGAUCACAUUGCUGAGCUGGUUCAGGAUUCCGAGCGCAACGUCCGAGCCGAUGACCCCACGCUGCUGACCUCCGGCCGGGUCAAACUCGUUGUGGGUGACGGGAGACUGGGGUACCCUGAGGGUGCCCCCUACGAUGCCAUCCACGUCGGCGCAGCGGCAGCUACCCUCCCCAAAGAGCUCCUGGCCCAGUUGAAGCCGGGGGGCCGGCUGGUGAUCCCGGUGGGCCCCGAGGGAGGGGGGCAGGUCCUGGAGCAGUACGACCGGCAGAGCGACGGCUCUGUGAGCAGGAAGCCCCUCAUGGGCGUGGUCUACGUGCCCCUCACUGACAAGCAGCGCCAGAGGCCCAGGGGGUGGGAGUGGUGCUGCUUCAGGUCCUGAGUCCGACUGACCCGAUCCGUACAGAACCACACAGGAAAAAAGUGUCCCCUGAUAGCACUCUGCACCUCUUAUGUGCCAAAUACUGUCCCAUGCAAAUUAGUUCCAGGCAGACCUCCUCUCCUUUACUUUAAUGAUUGUCAACUGAUGAAUCAAUCGCCAUGUUUAAAGAAAAAACUCGAGCGAAAAGCAACAACAUUUCAGCUUCUGCUAUCUUCAGGUAGUUUACAUGGAAGUAAUCUUCCAGAAGGUCUGUAAUAAUGUACACUGUGUUCUAAGCGAGCGUGCAGUGACGCUGGUAAAGGGCCCCUGUGUGUUUGUGUGCUCACAGGGUUGUUCUUGGCUGAUGAAUCCUGGUACAGCACCUCCUGUAAGGCUCACCACACAGCUCAAUGCAGAACAGGCAUGCUUAUACUCAGGGGGGGUCACCUGUAAAAUACACAGAUUCAUAUCAGGAAAUCCAGGGGGUUGGGUGCGGUACAUUUAUUUGAAUAAAAAAGUUUUAGCACCACAGGAGUCUUGUCUGUUUGUGCAGUGCUGAAGUCUUGCUUACAGACUCUUCCAAACAUAGAAAAAGCAGAUUGCUGUUUAACAUGCUGAGAGUCCAGUCCAUGAGCGCAGGCUGUUUAACAUGCUGAGAGUCCAAUCCAUGAGCGCAGGCUGUUUAACAUGCUGAGAGUCCAAUCCAUGAGCGCAGGCUGUUUAACAUGUUGAGAGUCCAAUCCAUGAGCGCAGGCUGUUUAACAUGCUGAGAGUCCAAUCCAUGAGCGCAGGCUGUUUAACAUGCUGAGAGUCCAAUCCAUGAGCGCAGGCUGUUUAACAUGCUGAGAGUCCAAUCCAUGAGCGCAGGCUGUUUAACAUGCUGAGAGUCCAAUCCAUGAGCACAGGCUGUUUAACAUGCUGAGAGUCCAAUCCAUGAGCGCAGGCUGUUUAACAUGCUGAGUCCAAUCCUGGGAUGAAAAGCAGAUGCAAUGUAUUGUAUUAAAUAAUAUCCAUUUAUUAUUUUAAUGUGUAGAAAUUUGAAUACAGUAUGUGUGAACUCUAUGCAUUGUGUUGGAAUGGGGUUUAGCAGUGAAGGGAUGGGGUUGGAAUGGGGUUUAGCAGUGAAGGGAUGGGGUUGGAAUGGGGUUUAGCAGUGAAGGGAUGGUGUUGGAAUGGGGUUUCAGCAGUGAAGGGAUGGGGUUGGAAUGGGGUUUAGCAGUGAAGGGAUGGG